UCUAGUGGAAAGGAGUUAUAUGAUAUGUAUUUGCCCUUAAAAUAAAGCUUCUUUCAAAGUUAUCAAACAGAAGGGAAACCAAUAUAUCACAAUAAAGUAAUCUAGAGUUUAUUAUCUAGCUAAAGAAAUGUUCUUGGCCAAACAAAAUUUCAGGAUAUCAUUGAUAUUUAUACCUAAAAGGAUGACGAUGAUGAAUAAAAGAAUUAAGACCCAAUGAAAUGAAUUAGAAACACUCAAAGAUUCUUUACUGAAAGACAAAUCUAACAAAAAACUUAAAAAGAAAUGGGAGUUUAAGAAAUAAAGUUUUAGAAGAUUUCCAAUAUACUUAUAAUUGCUUUGAAGAAUUAUUGAAUAGAAUUGAAGAAACUAAGGAGGGAGACUCAAACCAGAGUAACUCCUCAAGUGAUGAAGAUUCUUCAAAUUCAUUGCCAAGGUUGCCAGAAAAUAGAAAUAAGUCUAAAGUUGAGGAAUCAUACAUUAUCGAUCUCUUAGAAAGGUACAAUGAAAGAGCUUCAUUAGUUAUAAGAGAAGACAGAGUCCUUGACCUUGAUUUAUCUGAAAGGGAAGAUAUCAAAGCUUUCAUAAAUAUCAACAAUGAACUCUAAGCGGUCUUAUCAUGCAUGAUCUAGAAGUGAUCAAACUAGACUUUAUUAAUGAGAAGCAAGAGGAUAACGUUAUCUUCUUUAUUAAAUGCCUGUUCCCACAAGUCUGAAACGAACUGUUCUUAAGAAGUGAGAGAUUAAAUCGCAUAAAAUUCGUACCUAAUUUGGAAGAAUGAGCUCCGAAUGUUCUCAGAAAACUAACUUUGGGGCAUUAUGACAUUGGCUCAGGUGACUUAAAAUCAAUAGUCAACUACUUCCAUCACGUAGAUGAAAUGCAUUUUCUAGAAUGAAAAAUUGACAGUGAAUCUGUGUAUUUUAGCAGCACAUUAACAUUCAAAAUAAAAAAGCUUUGUUUCAGGAAUACAGGGGGAGAAUCAUAUAGUGGCUGGCUGAAUAAUCCGAAACAACUCAAAGGUCUUCUAAAAGCUAUAAAAAAAUCAAAAUGGAAUAGUUUUACAACUUUUGAAGAAACUGGAAGUUACAUACCUAGUUUUGAAAUUUCUGAAAUGUUUUCAAAGCGAGGGCUUGGACAUAUAGAAAUUAUUCAAAACACAUAA